CUCCCCACACUCAUAUUAUUGCCAGGAUUUCGAAAUAUUUAAUUACCUUGAAAGAAUGAAUCAACUAAUAAAAAUUGACAUCUGGGACAUAAUUUUUAUUGAGAGUUAGUUAUACUCUUCCCAGAUGUAAGGCAGCAAAAAUAUGUAUUCACAUUAUUGUGUAGCUGUGAGAAUAUUCCUCUCGACAAAGUAAAAAAUUCUGAGACAAGAUGAAGUUGACUCACUUUAGUCUUACAUUUGAUGUACAAGCAAGAGUUUUUGUGGCAGGAGAUAGAAUUACAGGAAAGGUCAAAGUUGGCUUUGGGAAGGAAACUAAAAUGAGGUGUUUAAUGUUAUGUUUGGAAGGAAAGGGAAAGUCAUUCUGGGAUGUAAAACAGGGGAAAAGUACCACAAAAUACAGAGCCAGAGAAAAUUAUAUCAGCCAGAAUAUACUUCUAUGGGGAGGCAUGGAUGGGUCUCAGAUGCACCCAGCUGGAUAUGCAACUUAUCCGUUUAACUUCCCUUUGAAUUCAGAGACCCCAUCAUCCUAUGAAGGUCGUAGGGGAUAUGUCAGAUACACAUGCAGUGCUGUCAUUGAUCGACCUUGGAAAUUUAAUGAAACAAUAAAAGAACCCUUUACUGUCAUCCAUCAUUUAGACUGCAGCCAGCUUCUCAAUGCUCUGAAUCCCAUUUAUGAACAUCGUAAUGAAACAAUUGAAGGUUGCUGCUGUGAAGAUGGCUCUGUGGAGUUGGAUUUAAGUAUAAACAAGACAGCUUUUGUCCCAGGGGAACCUCUUAUUUAUGAAGUUAUGAUUAAUAAUCAAAGUGACAAUACAAUAUCUGAGUUUUAUCUAAUGUUACGUCAGGUUGCAACUUUCACAGGUUAUUCAGACAGUUUUUUCUCAUCCGGAAAACCUCAUUAUCAUACAAAAAAUGAAAACUUUAGCAUGUUCAACCAGCCUGUUCGUGUGAAGAAAAAUUCUACACAGACAUACAGUGGUGCAUCAACUAUACCAUCAUUACCACCAUCCAUUCUAGAAGGCUGUAAUAUUAUAAACCUUCAGUAUUUUAUUAUUUUGAAGAUUCCAAGUGGCUGGUCAUCUCUUAAAGUGGAGAGAGAAAUAAUAAUAGGGACAAAGCCAGCUAGGGUAGUUCAGCCUAAUGCACCCAGAAUACCUACAGCCAAUGAGGUUGCACCAUCACAGAUUGAGCUGUCAGUCAUACCAUCAGCUCCACCUUCAUAUGAUGAAUUACCUCCAUCUUAUGCUGAAUGUGUAUUCGGUGCAGUGGAUAUUCAUGAUGAAGAUGAUGGUGAACAUACAACAACACAUGGAAACUGGGCCCCUGCUUACACUUACUAUAACUGGAAUCAGCAGAAUUAUUCAGGUCCACAACCACAGGCAGUACGACCAGCACCUCCAUCUUAUAAUGAGUUGUAGAAUGGAGUAUUUUUGAAAUGUCAACAUAUGUUUGUUCCAGAAAUUCCACUGGAAACUUUGUUAUGAACAUUGCCAUAUUACCUGUUCCUGUUGGAACAAAUAUUCAAUACCAUUUAUUCCCUAAUAUUUGUUCCGGUUGGAAUAUAUAUUAUGAAGGAACAUUUAUUUCAUGCAAGAAAGAGUCAGAAAUAGAAUUUUUGCACAGAUAAUUUAAUUGGCAGUAUAUGAUUUCUAUCAUCAUUUGGGUGAAAUAAUUUCAAUUGCACUCAUGCUUUAAUAAUCCUUAUAUUCAAUUCUUGAUUACUCAAGAUGGUAACAAGUGGGAUGCAUAAAUCAUUAAAUGGUUUCAUUAAAUUAUUUUAAUUGAUCAGAGAAAACAAAUUUACAUUUUUUAGUGAAAAGGGGCAUUAUAGACAGCAUCUAUCUUAAUCAACAUUGGAUUUUUAUGCCCUGCCUACAAUAGUAGUAGGGGCAUUAUGUUUUCUGGUCUGUGCGUCCUUUCGUUCCUUCGUCUGUUUGUUCGUCCAUCUGUUCGUCCGUCUGUCCCUUGUCAGGUUAAAGUUUUUGGUCAAGGUAGUUUUUUAUGAAGUUGAAGUCCAAUCAACUUGAAACUUUGUACACAUGUUCCCUAUGAUAUGAUCUUUCUAAUUUUAAUGCCAAAUUAGAGUUUUGACCCCAAUUUCACGGUCCACUGAACAUAGAAAAUGAUAGUGCGAGUCGGGCAUCAGUGUACUAUGGAAUCUUGUUUUAAUUUCUAAUUGUUAAUACUCUUCAUGUACAAGAAUGUGAAUUGUCAAAUGUUUCAACACUUGUAUAUACAUACCACUGUAUGAUUUUCCUGUUACCAGUAUGCCUAGUAAUAGUGAAAUCUUAAGCAAAAGAACAAUAUAAAAAAAAACCUGAUUCAUUAAUUGAACCCUGUUGGUAAACUUGUUUUGUAAACAAUAAAUGACCCAUAAAUUUAAAAAUAAUCUAUUUUGUCUCUGAGUUUAUUUGAUAUGAUGUACAAUUUUUAAGAACGUUUCUCAAAUUUGUGUUUUAUUUCUAGUUAUUAGAAAUUUUAAUGUUUCAGUCUUGCAAUUUAUGUUUUAUAUCAUAAACAAGAUUAGAUUUAUUUAUUUUAUUUUUGUCUUGCCUCAGCAAUAUUUAGGGAGCUUUUGGAUAAACCUUUGUCUGCAUCAACUUAAUGAUAUGCAGCUAUAUCUCAGAAACUAAUAACUUUAUACAGCAAUAAUAUUUGGUCUACAAAUGCAUAUUGAGAGACUGACCAUAAACCAUAAAAUGGAAGUUGUAUGACCGGUUUCUACAUUUUUCAAUCUUAAGAAAUUUUUACAUUUCAAGUCCAGUUUGCAUAUUGUAAUCAACCUGCAACCAUAUAACUUUGCGAAAGCACGCAUCUAUGUAAUUGCGACAAACUUCAUUAAAAGUAGGUCAGACUGACCUAUAUCACUUUAAAUUAAGGUUUAUCUGUGCAUAGCAUAUUCCAUAUUCAAUUUCAUUUAGUCUUACGGACUUGGGCUGUUUGAUUGCAUCAAAAGUCUUUAAAGCUUAGUCCAAGAACUUGUACUUCUCUUAUCACAGUCUUUUAUUAAGAAUUAUUAUGUUAAGAAGAGUUUGGAUUGUUUUGAAGUACGGGGAGCUUUUCUUACUACAUAUCUGGUUUGAAUAUAGCUUCAUUCUUACCUACAUUUUCUGAAGAUUUAUUUAUAGAAAUAUGAUAUUUUAUAUUAAAAUUUUAAUUUGGAUGUUUUAUACAACAUUUUUGUAGGCAAAAUUUGGUAUUUAUAUUUAAUCACCAUAAGAAGAAAUGUAAUAAAAAAUAAGGAUUAUAAACAAAUAUCCAAUUUCCUACUGGAAGUGUUUAACGACCUUGACUGGCUGUUCAGCCCUCGCACGGUCGGUAAUAUCUAAUUUAAGAACAGUCAGUAGUUUUUAAAUAAUCCAUCCACAUUUACAAUACUAUUGAUAUUAUUUAAAUCAAUCAAACUUACUUAAAUACAUGGAAAGGUGGAAGUGAAAUUUAUAACAGGCAAAUAUCUCUUGUUGUUUUAUAUGCCUGUUAUAUUAGUUGUUGUCAUUUUAGAAUGGUGCUAUUUUAUUUUCACUUGAAAACAUUAGUUGAAGUGUGCUUUUUUAUUUUAUUGUAGAAAAUUUUAUGCUAACUGUAUAACACAUUUGUUACAUUGAAUGCUUUUUCUUUCAGGUAAUUAUAUGAUAUCAGCAUUGAUUUUAUAACCACUUAUUAAUCUUGACACAUGUUAUUUUAUUUGUACAAAUUUUGGUAAUUGAGAAAAAUUCUACAAUCUAUGUAUAUACAUGUACAUAUAUAUUUUAAAUAUAAUUUUUUAAUUCCCUUUUAAGCGAAGGAUGGAAUUUCGUCUUCUUGUGUUCCAUGCUUCAUGUAAUUUAACCAAGUUUUCUGUCUUUUGAUAAGCAAUAUACAAACACAUAACUGGAAAAAAAUUAAAUUAUACAAUAGGUUAGUAGUACCAUACCCUCGUCCCAAUUUUAUGGUGUUUGCAAUUCUCAAUUUAUAUUGUUACACUCAUGUAUUUUGACACUAUAAGGACUUAAUUUACAGGGGUGUUCUCCUUUCGCAAAUACUGCUUUAACAGAAUUUUGGGGAAUAACGACUGAAAUUGACACUCCAUAAUAACUCAUCAAAGAUACCAGGCUUAUAAGUUUUAUGGUCAUUGUCAUGAAUUUGUUGACCAAUAAGAUAUGUCCCUGUCUCAACUCACAAGCGACAUGUUUUCCUGGUGUUAGAUCUUAAGAUACUAGUAGUACCUGAGUUUGGCUCUGUAUAGAGGCUGAUGCAUGCAUAGAAGGAGAUGCUAACACUGUUGACGCAGCUGGUUUUGCUACUUUCGGAGUUCAUGGGAUUCCCUCCAUUUUCGUUUUCCUUUGGUAAACUACUGAUGCCUCGAAUUAAGUAUUCAAAUAAAGAGAUGAAUGGAACAAAAAUAAUAUAGUUUUAUAUUAUUACAUCAGAUAAUUUCUGCAAUGAAAAGAAGACAAUAUACACUUUUGUAAAGGGAUGUCUUCCAAUAUAAACACUGACCUUUGCUCUAAGAUAUGGACCACUGUUUGAUAUGGCCCUCGUGUACGGCUCAGGACAUAAUAAUCUGAUGGCCCAUGUCUUCACCCUAAGAAAUCCAUAUAUAAAAUUCAAGAUGGCCCCACACUAUGUAAGUAUUUUUAAAGUAUAUAUGACAUUGGAAUAAGUAAUGUAUAACACUUUAUUUUAGAUAUGACCAAGUUAUCAUAAAAAAUCACAAAGAUAUUUUACAUUAAAUUUGCAUUUAUUGGGAUACAUAUUGUUUAAUUCAUCUGUACAUCUAGUUUACCAAAAGAACAGUACAGCACUAUUUUUUAUACUCAACCUAAGAUAAUUGGGGGCAUUAUGUUUUUCUUGUCUCUGCUUCCAUCUGCCCAUUUAUCACUUCGUCUGUCUGUAUCAGGUUAAAGUUUUAGCUUUUAAAUAAAAGGUAGUUUACCAUAAAGUUAUGGUCACAUCAACUUGAAACUAAGUUCGUUAUGAUGUUAACUUUUUAAAAUGUAUGUAUAUAAAAAAAGAUAAGCAUGUAAUUCUUUAGUUUUUUUUUUGUUUUUCAUUUUUCAAAUAUACUUUACUGUACCAAGAACUUUUCAUUUUCGAAAAGUACAUGUUGAUGCAAACUGGGUAGGAUAUCAAAUGGCCAACAUUGAAAAGAACAGUUGAAUUUGAUUAUAUAUCUAGGUAAGAAAAUGACAAUUUGAAAACAUUACUUCGCACAGUCUAAAUCUAUAUGAACUAUUGAUCUAUAAAUCAAAAUAUUUAUCAAACCAAAUAGUAUAAUAAAAUUGAGAAUGGAAAUUGGGAAUGUGUCAUAGAGACAACCCGACCAAAGAGCAGAAAAUUUAAGUUUAUUUUCACGUAAAACAACCAGACCAGACCAGAUCAAUACACAUUUUUUUAAAUUUGGAAAAAAAACUCCCCUUUGACUAGUUUGUUGUAUUUGAACAGUAAAAGUCAUCCUCAAAAUUGAAAAAUAAUCAACGUUUUUGUAAUAAUGUAAUUCAGAAAUUAUUUCAAGGUUCUUAUUAAUGCGAAUAAUGAAAUUGGUGAUUAUCGCAACAAUAGAAACUCGCAUUCUUAUAUCUGAUACAUAUAUCUGUAUGCAAAUUUUCCUGAAAUCGCAAUAAUUAAUCUGGCAUUUUGUUCAUUUUUCAAAAAUCGCAAUAAUAAAUGCACACAAUAAUUUCUGAAUUUAUAGUAUAUAACUUUUAAGAAAGAAGAAUAAAAAGUAGCAACAACAACUCAAAUAUAAAAAAAAGAUAUGAAAAAAAAAAGAUAUUGAGAUAAUUGAAUGAACUAACAACAAAGAAAUGCCAUUCUAGAACAUUAACACUUUAUUCCCAUUGUAUAUCUGUAUUUUCAGUUAUAUAUAAACUAAGUAAUAAUAAGAAUUACCAUUCAUUAGACACAUAACCACUUGUAUGUUUCAUCCUAUAAUACUGCCACUCUAAAAGUGGGGGCUAUAUUGCAUUCGCUUUGUCUGUUCAUUCAUUUGUCCAACACAUAUUUCUGUCUCAUUUUUCUAAAGUACUACAGAACAGAAAGACUUCAUACAUAUUCAGUAGCUUUGAAGUGAUGAGUUGUGACAUGUGAGCAUUUUUUUGUUAUGUUGGACACCUACUUUGAAUUUUUCAAUAUGUUGAAUAAGCUUAAAACUUUUCGUCAUACUUUUCUAAAGUACUGCUGAACCAAAUGACUUCAUUUAUCCUUAUAGCAGCUUAUUAGUGAUGAGUUGUACGUAUGAGCAUUUUCCUUACCUAUAAGACACAUACUUUCUGUUAUCCAAUAUGUUGAAAUACGAGUGGGUGUAUGCUUAGUACUACAGUGUACAUUUUUGUUUUAAUUAAAUUUCUAGUGUAGCUCAAUAUCAAAGAAAUAUCUUUAUAAUAUAUGUUUUGUAGAUCCAAUUGUCAAAUUUUCAUUGGUUAUUUCAUUAUUCAUUAUAAUGACUCGCCUACGAUAGAAGUUGGACGUUAUUAUUUUCUGAUCAGUGUGUCUGUCUGUUCAUCCAUCCCGUAUCAGCUUACAAUUUUUGGUUAAGGUAGUCUACCAUCAAGUUGUGGUCAUAUGUUCAUCAUGAUCUGAACUUUUUUAAUCUAUAUGCGCCAAAUUACAGCUUUCGCUUCUAUUUCAUUGUUCACUGAACAUGGAAAUGUGAUAUUGUGGAAUCAGUACAUUUUCAGUUUAAAGUGUUUAGUUAAGUAGUUUACAUAAAAGUUGUAGUCACAUCAUCUCGAAAUUUAGUUCACAUGUUCAUUAUGAGGUGAACAAUUCAAAUUAUACGUCAACUGAGCAUAACAAAUAUAGGUCGAACGAUGCACAAUGUCCUGUAGACACGUAUUCUUAAUAUCGUCUGUUAUUGUAUUCAUUGAUAUUUUAUUUUUAGUUUUAUUUUUCUGAGACUUUUCAUGCCAUUAUUAUUAUAUAACUAACAAUGCAAUGUUGUAAGUGAUGUUAUUUUUAUUUGUUAUUAAAUGAGGAAGGUGAUA